UUAGGUAAAGACUUGCAAGCCAGCAAUGGGUUAUUCCUUUAUAGCAGGCACUACAGAUGGCCCAGGAGUUCUUAGCUUCACACAAGAAAUCAUGGUCACCAGUCAUCUCAAGCCAUGUCACACCAUACUCAAGAUUUAGCUGUGCGACUACAAGGUGAUGUUGAGGGCAGUCUGUUCUGGGAUCUUGUCAGAAAUGCCAUCAAGGAGCCUUCAAAAGAGGAGAUUGACUGCCAUGCACCAAAGCCAAUUCUGCUUCCAACUGGAGAGAUAUCUGUGCCGUGGAAGUGGCAGCCUACGAUUGUUGAUGUCCAGUUACUGCGGAUUGGUCAAGUGGUGAUUGCUGCUGUACCUGGAGAAUUCAGCACAAUGGCAGGACGUAGGCUAAGAAAUGCUAUUAAAGAGACAUUGGUUGAGAAUGGUAUGAGUGGUGAUACUAAGGUUACUAUUUCAGGCUUAGCAAAUACAUAUUCUGAUUAUAUUGUCACCUAUGAAGAAUAUCAAGUUCAACGUUAUGAAGGAGCAUCUACUAUAUAUGGUCCACACACAUUGCAGGCCUACAUCCAUAAAUUCAGAGAACUAGCUAAAAAGAUAGCUUUAGGCACGAGUCAAGGAGAAGAGGUUGGUGAAGCACCUGUGACUACAAACUACACUGGAUUCUUGCCAGACUCAAGAACUGACACUGGUAAUAAGUAUGGAAAGGUCAUUGUGCAGCCUGACCCCAAGUACCGUAGGGGUGCAACUGUAGAAGCAGUGUUUGCUUGUGGAAAUCCAAGGGGAAGUGCAUCACAAAUGCGUGGACAAUCUUAUAUGUAUGUUGAAAUGAAGAUGGAGGAUGGAGUAUACAAACAGGUCUUUAGUGAUGCUGAUUGGUCUACAAAAUUUGAAUGGAAAAGGAAGGAAAUUAGUCUACUCGGGUCAUAUGGAGAGGCAACGCUGUCAUGGAAUGUACCAUUGAACGUUGGCCUUGGAACUUACCGUCUCAAACACUAUGGAUAUUAUAAAAAUAUACGUGGAAAAUUGACAUCGUAUGAGCAAGAAACAGAAGAGUUUGAAAUUGUGUUAGAAAAUUACAGACGAUCUUAACUAAAAUUAAAGAAAGC